ACUAGGCGUCACUGCCUCGGGCUUAGGCGGGAUAGAGUCCCGGGCGGGUGGCGCGCCGGCGACUUCGGGACCGCUGGGGACCGAGCGCUUAAGCCCGGGGGCGUGGCGCGGCGGGUGUGUUCCCUGAUGGGAGAAGGGAGGAGAUUCGGCCGCCACCGCCGGCGAGUCGCCGCACCGCGCCUGGCCUUCACUGACCGAGCGGCCUCCGCCGGUGCCGCGGCCCCCUGAAGGCGUUUCGGGAUAUGAUUGUCUUAAUCCUGGAAUAUUCUCAAGGCCCUGGAAAUUUCUGUGCACAUCAGAGGUGACAGUUUAGAUCAAGGAUUAUACCUUUCAAGAAUAACAAAAAUAUUUGAAAAUGGAACAGCCAUAUAUACUGUCUGACGAAGAGGAGCCAGAACCACAGCAGAGUGUAAAAGAUACUAAACAAGUGGAAGAUGAAGAUGCUGAAUUGAUUUUUGUUGGGGUGGAACAUGUAAAUGAAGAUGCUGAACUGAUCUUUGUUGGAGUGACUUCACAUUCAAAACCAGUUGUUUCAACCAUUUUGAAUAGAGUCACCCCAGGUUCAUAUUUAAGGAGAAAAAAAUAUGGCCACCACAGAAGAGAUACUACCCAUAAAUUGCAACCCAUAAGUCACUCCACUUCAGCAUCAGAACCAGUAACUGUUUCGGGCCUUCCUCAAUCUGAAUUAAGAUCAACAGAUAGCCCUAUUAUUAUUGAGCCUUUGCCAAAGCCUGAUUGUGAAAAGAAUUCACCACAAGUUGUGCCUAAUAAUACUUUACAGUUACGUUCUCCUUUGGUUACAUUCACAAACUCAUUGCAGCAUCCAGGAACAGCACUUUCUGUAGGAGAUAAGAAUGAGAGUUCUCUUGUGUCAAAGAGACUUUCCAUCUCUGAAGCAAACUGUGAAAACUCCAAAAGACCUAAACUCAAUGAUGGAAACAUAGGGGCGCAUUCUUCAGUUUUUUCCCCUUCAGGUAUCUUUCAUACAGCUACUCCACAAAGCAUACUCUCAAAUGAUGUUGAUACCUCAUUAAACCAGGUUCAGAAUGGAAUACCCUUCUCAAUUGCUUUGCCAAAGGAAAAUGUCUAUUUUAAGCCCAUAAGUACUGGUGGGGGAAAUAGACCAGCAAAAGCCGACUGUCUGAAUCUAGCAAGUCAACAUAAAACUAUUGAUUCCAACAAAGGAAAUCUCAUUGUGUUACUCCGUGACUUCUAUUAUGGACAGUAUAAAGAAAAUGAACAACCAGAACAGAAGACUCACACAACCUUUAAAUGCCUCAGCUGCUUGAAAGUUCUAAAAAAUAUCAAGUUUAUGAAUCAUAUGAAGCACCAUUUGGAACUUGAGAAGCAGAGGGGUGACAGCUGGGAAAAUCAUACCACGUGCCAACACUGCCACCGGCAGUUUCCCACUCCCUUCCAGUUGCAAUGUCACAUUGAAAGUGUACAUAUUUCCCAGGAGCCCUCUUCUGUAUGUAAAAUUUGUGAAUUGUCAUUCAAAACAGAUCAGAUUCUCUUAGAGCACAUGAAAGACAAUCAUAAACCUGGUGAAAUGCCAUAUGUGUGCCAGGUUUGCAAUUAUAGAUCAUCAUUUUUUGCUGACGUGGAAACACAUUUCAGAACAUGUCAUGAAAACACUAAGAAUUUGCUUUGUCCAUUUUGUCUCAAGAUUUUCAAAACUGCAACACCAUACAUGUAUCAUUAUAGAGGACACUGGGAAAAGAAUGUUCACUCAUGUUCCAAAUGCCGUCUACAGUUUUUGACUUUCAAAGAGAAAAUGGAACACAAGACUUAUUAUCAUCAAAUGUUUAAGAAGCCUAAACAACUAGAAGGAUUGCCUCCUGAAACAAAAGUUGUUAUUCAGGUCUCACUCGAAUCUCUUCAAGCACCAUCAGUAGAAGUAGCGUCCAUUACUGUAAGCACCUCUGAUCCUGAACCAUCACUGCCCAAACCUAAAAGUAAAGUUUCAAAAAAAAAAAAUUCCAGUUUCAGUAACUCUAAAGUAAAUAUUUCAUCCAUUUAAAAAGACAUAACAGAUGUUGCAUUAUUCACUAACCUUAUAGUGAUAUUUAUAAAUGGUCUUGAGAUUUUUAAGUUAACCACAAUUCCUGGCUUUUUAGAUUUUUUUGUUUGUUUUUUUUGGCACCACACCAAGUGGUGUUUAGAUUCUGCUCCUGGCUCUGUGCUCUGGGUUUUUUCCCUGUAGUGAUUGGAAAACCAUGCAGGGCUGGGGAUUAAACCUGGACUUUCUGCAUGCAGUCAUGCAUUCAGCUAGUUGAGCUAUUACUCUGACCCUCAAGUUUUAAAAUGUAUUACUGAUAUUUAACACUUAAAAGGUGUAUGUUUAUGUGAGAAGGGAAAAACAGUGGAAGCCUUUUAUUUUUUAAUUUUGAGUUUUAUGUUACUUUUAAGUUUAGAAGUUUGUUUCUGUAUAUAAAAUUUUAAUAUGUUUUAGUAUUUUUCUCCCAAAUUUUUCCAUGCCUUGAUAAUUCAGUAUUUAGUUAGUCAGACUGAAAUGGCUUUGUUAUGGUGUGGUCCUGUUUGCUGCUAAAUUCCCAGAAGUGCCUGUUUUACUGUCCAAAAAUAAUCUGAUUCUGAAAGCACGGAUGUGAAAAAGUUGAGCAAGAAGCCCUGGUAUAUAUAGUGAUGAGAAAGUGGGAGGUUAAUUAAUGGAGAGCAAUAACUCCUUGUCCCCAACUAGGGGAAAAGCACAUAUUCACUCUUGGAGACAAGGAAGAAGAAACAUGCUCAGAAUGUCAUUACCUAGACCAAGAAUAUCUAAGGAUGCAACUACAUUGUUUGGUAAAGGGACCUUGAAGAUAUCAACUGGUAUGUAUCAGUAGCUUUGGAUGGAGAAACAGUGAUAAUAGAACGGGACCUCCUGUUGAGUGAUUAAAGAGGCAGUCAGUGUCCUCCCCUCUCUGGCCUUAGUCUGAAUGAACUAGCCAUUUCCUCCUCAGCUAUAACAGUAAAGCAAGUAUGCUUUCAUAGGGGAAAGAAUCCCUUGAUAUCCAUAACCUGAUAUUCAUUGUUUGAAUUGUAGUAGACCCAUAGUUUGAACUUAAAAGACCAAGCAGAUGUUAUCUAUUUCAUGGACUGGACUAAAUGUAGUUCUCUUAUUGUUAAGUUGGAAUGAGAUCUUGUCCAAGAAUAGAAGAUGCCGUGGUUAAAAACAGGCCAGAGCAUUGGAUUAAAACCCAUUAUAAUGGGCUUUUCUUACAUUUUUUUUCUGUGUACAUUGAACAUGUUAAGUUUGUAAUUUUACAUUUUGCUGUGGACAUGAGUAGUUACUGGUCAUGUGUGUAUGAUUUUCUGCUUUAACUAUUAAGUUUGGGUUUGAACACACUCCUGUGUGCAAGAAAAUGCCCAUUUAUUUCAGUAACUAUUUAGUCUUCUAAUUACUAUCAUUUAAUCUGUUUACAUAUCUUUGACUACUAUGGGGGAAUCUUUUCCCUUGCCAGCUUCAGUGGCUUUUCCAUAUAGAACUAAGGAAUGAUCUAUAGUUCCUAAACAUGAGUGGUCUUGACUACUUUUUGGGAUUUCCAGAUUCAGUCUCUUUAAGAAUGUUCUGGUUUCAUCUCUUCUGCCCCCUUUGUGCUGUUACCCGGUAGCUUCUCUGUACCAGUCAAGAAAUCUGGUAUCCUAACUGAAGACAUACUGAGGAGAAAAUUUCAUUUCACUACUUAAAAGCACCUUAUCUUUCCCCCAUUCUUACAUUUCCUCCUCAAUUUCACUAAAUUCAAUGAACAUUCACAAAAAGCUUGAAAGUGAUAACUAUUUAGUUAUCCCUUUUAGAAUUAGUGAAGGACAACAGAUACAACAGUUGUGAAUAUAAUGUUCAUGUUUCCCCAUGUAGAUUGUUUAUAUUUCUUCAGUGCUUGAUUAGUUGUUUGAUAUGCACUUUGAACAUAUAAGACAUUUGAUAGUCCUCUUCAUUAGUUUUCCAUUCCAAAGUACUUGGGACAAUCGUGGCUUGUGAACCCUGUUCAUGUGAAAAAAAAAAAUGUUUUGUGUUCCACUUUUCUGGUUUCAGGUGUAAGCUAUUCUGUUUAUAAAUAGAUCUGCAAACUUUUGCAUACUGUUCUCUUAAUUCUGUUUCUAAAGUAAAAGUAGGAAAUGUCUUGUUUUUGUGGUUACUUAGUAUUAUCAACACUGUUACUAUUGUUUGCUGUUACUAAAGCAUGCUCCUAAGGAGUACAGAUUGUUAUUUAUGUGGGAUUCAGUGACAAUGACUUACACCUAUUUUCUCCUAACAUUUUCUGCUAGCCUUCUACCAUUUUCCCCACUGAUGCACUCUUUGUGACAUAUUGGCCUUGCUUUUUCUUAAGCAGCUUACUUUUUUUUCCUGAUCCAAAGACUUUGCAGCUGCUUUUAUCUUUCUUAGAAUGCUUUCUUCUAGGCCUGCAUGGCUUGCUACCUCAUUUAAUUGUUAGAUAUUUCCUUUGGUUCAUUGAGCCUCACCAGUGUUCUUAAAAUGACACUGACAGUGAGUAUCCCCUCCUUCCCUUUAGUCUCCUUGAAGGCACUUUAUGUAUGUCCCCACUGCUCUCCCCUUUGCCUAAUCUAGGGAGAGUUCCUAAGUUUUUAGAAAAAUCUGAAGAGAUUAUCAUUAAGGGCUUUGCUUCUCUUAGAAUUGAGCUAGCUUGAGUCAAUUUCUGUGCCUGUAAAAUAAGAAAAUAUAGUGAGUUGAGUUCUUUCAGGAGCUUUCUCUGUUUUUCUAUUGAUAUCUCUAUAUUUUUAAGGCAAUGUCACUUUGUUUUGUUUAUAUUGAAUAUAUUGAAUAUCUGUCAAGAUUACUAUUUUGUUAUUACUCUUUGUGAAUCUUGUCUAUUUUGCCUGCUUGUUCUUUCAGAAAUAAAAUUUAUCAUUUUAUUAAUGUUGCCAAAAAUUGUUAGUAAAUAUCAAUCGUAAUAAAACGUUUUUUGAA